AUGAAAGGAACCAUAGUGGAGUUUUGUAAGAAUAUUGUUCUUUUUGGGGUGUGGAGUUUUACCUUAAUAGAUGAUCGGAUUGCCUCCAAAGAAGCUUUCUCAUAUAACUUUCUCAUCCCUCUGGAUGAGAAUGUCUAUGGUGGUAAGACCCUUGCUCAGCUUUGUUGUGAUUCCCUUAAAAAAUUCAAUCCUAUGGUUCGUGUUUACGUCCAGAAAGGUGAUUUGUCAACUUUCAAUGUAGGCUUCUUCAACAACUUUGAUGUUGUUGUCAGUUCUUGCUCGCUUCCAGCCAAGAAAUUAGCCAAUGAGAAAUAUCGUAAGAUCUCGAAACGAGUAGCAUUUGAUACUGUUGACUGUAGGGAUUCUUGUGGUGAAAUAUUUUUUGAUCUACAGGACUAUAAGUAUUCAAAGAAAAAAAUAGAGGAAACUAUUGAAUGCCAAUUACAAUAUCCAUUUUUUGAGGAAGCAUUAUCAGUACCUUGGAGGGAACUUCCUAGGAAAAUAUCAAAGUUGUACGUUGCUAUGAGAGUUGAAAAGUUUGAAGAGGCUGAAGGCCGUAGUGCAGCAGAAGUUUCUGUUGUAGAUCUUUCUGGGGUUCUGAAGUUGAAGAAACAGCUUUGUACUGGACCAUCUCUGAAUAAAUCUCAUGUACCUGAUACAUUUCUAGAAAGAUUGGUGACAAGUAGACUAGAGUUUCCACCAGUUUGUGCUGUUAUUUGGAGAAUCCUUGGUAGGUAUUUUAUUCAACUAUGCAAUGGAAAGGGAGAUCCUCUCAAGAACUUUUUUCUUUUUUAA